GUUGGAGUUGGCAUCCAAAGAGGAAGAACAACAAUCUUUGGAUACCUUCUCUCUGUCAAACUUUCUCUCUGUGACUCUCUUUUUUACUUGUUCUGAGUCCUGAAGCUAAAGAUUCCCUUUUUAUAUUGAAAAACUUGUUCUUUUUUCACUGAACCCCUUUUCCGACUGUGAUUGAUUCUUUUGACAUCCUUUGUGAUUUGAAAUCUGGUCUUCGGAGAGAACCCAGUUGCUAGAUUAUUAGUCUCAGUUUCUGUGGUUAGCUUUGUUUUGGAGAAAAAUUAUGAACGCUUCAACAAGGUUGGAUGCAGCUGUGUUUCAGCUCACACCCACUCGGACAAGGUUUGACUUGGUUUUAACUGUGAAUGGAAAGAAGGAGAAGAUUGCCUCAGGCAUACUCAACCCAUUUCUUUCGCACUUGAAGGCUGCUCAGGAUCAGAUGGCCAAGGGUGGAUAUUCAAUUGUUCUUGAACCCGAGGGUGGCAGUGACAUCUCAUGGUUUACCAAGGGGACUGUUGAAAGGUUUGUUCGUUUUGUGAGCACUCCUGAGAUAUUGGAACGUGUGUACACUUUAGAAUCUGAAAUAUUACAAAUCGAAGAGGCAAUUGCAAUUCAAGGAAAUAAUUCUUUAGGGAUUAGCACUAAGAAAAUCAAGUAAAACAUGUUGAAAGCGCUGAAGGUAGGAAGACUCAGCAGGAUGCUAAUGAGGAGAGAGCAAUUGUACUCUACAAGCCUGAUGCACAGCCAUCUCAAGCAAAUGGAAGCACCAUGUCAGAAGGAAACUCAAAGUAAAUUCUAUUAUUAUUGUUAUAAAUUUUCAUCAAAACUCAGUUGGAUUGAGCUGCUCGUACAUAAACAUGAUAUGAUGAAUAAGCUGCUCUUUUCACAAUCUCUUAUUUAUUCAUUGGGUUUCCUUGCACUAUGUUAAACAAAUUGUUAACACAUGUUUUAUGUUCACUUCUACUGCAUAUUGUAUUAGAGUUCAUCUUCUGAAAGUCCUAGAGACACGUAAAUCAGUGCUGCAGAAAGAGCAAGGCAUGGCAUUUGCACGUGCUGUUGCGGCUGGUUUUGACAUUGACUAUAUACCAGCUUUGGUGUCAUUUGCUGAGUGCUUUGGAGCUUCACGGUUGAUGGAUGCAUGCACAAAAUUCAGGGAUCUUUGGAGAAGAAAACAUGAAACUGGACAAUGGCUUGAAAUUGAAGCUGCUGAAAUGAUGUCCAAUCGCUCAGACUCCUCUGCAUUAAAUGGUUCUGGAAUUAUACUUCCCAAUAUGGCCUCUGCAUCCCAUACUGAUGUGGACUCUGAAAGUAAUGGGAAAACAAGUUCAGAUGUGCAGCCAAUGGACCGGCAACCAUCUAUAGGCAACCAAGAGAAUAUUCAGGGUCAAUUUCCACAUCAUAUGUUCCCUCCGUGGCCGGUUCAUUCUCCCCCAGGCACUGUACCAGUCUUUCAGCCAUAUCCAGUGCAAGGCAUACCCUAUUAUCAAGCAUAUCCAGGAAACGGUCCUUUUAUGCAGCCAAAUUAUCCACCUAUGGAUGACCCAAGGUUAAUUGCUGGCCAAAAUAUGGGGCGCAGAAGGCAUUCCAUGGAUAGUAGAAUCAGCAAUACUGAAUCAGAAAUAUGGGAUGUAGAAGCUUCAAAAUCAAGGUCACAGGAUGAAGUGGAUAUGGAGAGGGAAGGUUCACAGAUUGGAGAGCGACGGAAGAAGGCUAACCGGUCAGGUAGACAGAAAUCUGGCAUGGUGGUCAUUCGGAACAUCAAUUACAUAACAAAGGCAGAAAACUCUUCUGGCAGUGGAUCAUAUUCAGAUUCUGCCUCUGAAACUGCGGACGAUAUAGAUAAUCAAGAAUCUGUGAAGAACUCAAAAAGAAGGGGAAGCACAAAAGAAUCUUUGAAGAAGUUGGAUUCAUCUGAUAAGGAAGAAACAGCCCAUGACAAGGAUGCAGAUGGAGGUCACUGGCAAGCAUUCCAAAAUUGUUUACUGAGAGAUGUUGAUGAAGAUAGACAUGCCAUUGACCAAGACCAAUUUGAUCAGGAAAAGGUGAAUGGCAUGAGAAGAAGAAAACAUGUCAAUGAUCCUUUAGUUUUUAACAAGCGGGAAUUGCAUGAAGCUCAAGGAAGUUCUAUAGAUGUUCAUAGCAUGAGCAAAGGGUUGAUUCCAAUGCCUAAGACAUCGAAUGAUGAUUUGUUAUCUGCAAGAACUGGACAAUCUGGUGAUGGCUGGUCUGUAGAUGAUGUACAAUCUUUAGAAGUAAAUGGAAGAAGGGGUGGUUAUAGGAGGGCUGCCAGUGAUGAUUUUAUCAUUCCCAAACAAGAAAGUCAGUUUGGUAAUUCUUAUCCUUCCUCAGAUAUGGAAACUGCUAGUGGACUAGGUUAUUCAAACAACAACCUAGAAAGGAAGUUGUUUCAUGAUAUGAAUGAUGAUUCCUACAUAUUGGAGUAUAGAUCAAUCCAAGUCAAUGAUGCAGGAAAUGUUGAGAGAAAAGCUAUUGACAUAGACUCAGAGAUCUCAAUGGUGCAUCAAAAGGAAGAAAAAUCUGCUGAUCAGAUGAAUCGUAUCAAUUAUGAGCCAGAUGAAUUAAGCAUGUUACCUGAACGAGGAGCUGAAAGGGGGUCCAUCAGUUAUGACCCUGCUUUAGACUAUGAAAUGGAGGCCCAGGGUGGUGGUGCUUUACAAAAUAAGAACAAAGAGGCAUUGGCUGACACCAAACCAGGAUCUAAGAGGUUGGAUAAGGAGGCAAAAUCAAAACAUACACCAAAUAGUUCUGAUAAAAGAAAGAGUGGUGGACCAAUCAGGAAAGGGAAGACUUCUAAACUUAGUCCUUUGGAUGAAGCACGGGCACGUGCUGAGCAAUUAAGAAACUACAAAGCUGAUCUCCAGAAAAUGAAGAAAGAGAAGGAACAAGAAGAGAUAAAACGCCUAGAAACUUUGAAGAUGGAGAGGCAAAAGAGGAUUGCUGCCAAGAGUAGCUCAACCACUACACAAUCACCAUUACAGCUAACCAAGAAACAAUUUCCAACAAAAUCUUCACCAAGCUCUCAUAAAGCAUCAAAAUUUAGUGAUUCAGAGUCAGGAGCCUCCUCACCCCUUCAAAGAUUCCCCAUCAGAACUGCUUCUGUUGGAUCUAAUGAUUCUUUGAAAACCUCAAAAGCCAGCAGAUUGAAUUCUAGAAGCCACUUGGAUGAUAACAAAUUAAGCCGGUCAGUGUCUUCUUUGCCUGAAUCUAAGCUUAGAAGAUUGUCAGAACCCAAAAUAAGUACCAUUCGUCAGACUUCCUCAGUUAAACCACAUGGACCUGGAAUUGUAACAAAGACUAAAGCAGCUGAAGGACCUGAGAGCAAAAAAAUUUCUGCUAUUGUGAGUCAUGAUAGAAGCAAGACAGCAGCCCUCCCAGAACUGAAAAUCAGAACAUCCAAAGCAAAUGACGUUGCUCAGAACAGAUCAUCAGUCAAAGAGAAGACACGUAAGUUGAAUGAUGACAAGUCUUCUAUGAAUUCAGAAGGUACCAUGCCUAAUAAAAAUGAAAUGGGUACUUCAUCCAAUGAUGAUGGAGAUGACAAUCCUGUGGUUGAGAAGACUGUUGUGAUGCUUGAGUGUGAGAAACCUCAUGCCCCCCCUACUCAUAAGUCAGAAGAAAAAUUUGGGUUAGCAAAAAAGGAAUUUGAUAAUGAUAAAGUGACAGAAAAAACACAGAGAUCAUCUGAUUAUGCUGCUAUUCGAGCUCCUGUUUCACCAUUAAGUGUGGAUAUAAUAGAUAAAGAAACCUCAGAGAGCCAACCACACCUUCAACUCACUUCUGCUGAGGUCAAAAUGGAUAAUACAGAGAAGGAACCUUCAAAACUGUCCAGCCUUUGUGUUGCUGGGGAAAUAUAUCAUGCCCCGUUUGCUCGAGUUUCUUCUAUGGAAGAUCCUAGUACAAGAAAUAGUGAAUACGGUAAAGCGGCCCCCUCAAGUUUAGAGACUGCAGCAAUUGGUAUGGAGACUGUUAAAGCACAUGUGUCCGACAUCAGGAACUCAGCACUUGAGAAGAUUCCUGAGGCAAUUGAGAAGCCUCAGGUAAAGGAAUCAUCCAAAGGGUUCCGACGACUGCUGAAGUUUGGAAAAAAGAGUCAUAGCUCAGCUGCUGAACGCAACAUGGAAUCAGAUAAUGCCAGCAUUGAUGGUUCUGAAGUAGAUGAGGUUGGAACUAAUGGUUCCUCCGACGAAGUUCAUACCUUAAAGAAUUUGAUCUCUCAAGAUGAAAGUCCCUCUGCCAGCACAACUCAACAAAAGUCUUCUCGCUCUUUCUCUUUGUUAUCACCAUUUCGAAGCAAGAGUAGUGAAAAAAAGAUAAUGAUGUCUUGAUAGAGUGUUUGGUGUUAUUGGUAAUAUUGAUGCAGUGACAAGCUAGAUCCUUUACUUGAUUCUUUUCAUUUUUUUUAGUGUCAUGAGUUAUUGUCUAGCUGAAAAAGAUGACUGAGUAAUGUAUUGCUAUGCAAUUGGUCCUUUUGUAUAUUUAUGUUUCAUUGUGCAUAUGCUCAAGUUACUUGUAUAUUUUACUCUUUUAUCUGAUUUCAUUUCACUUCAUAUAUCUCUGGGUUAAGGAGGAUGUUUUCUCCUGCAUUCCCUUG